AUGUCUGAAAAAGGACAAUCUCUACCCCAAGAUGCCCCGGAAGACCCAUCCCAUCCAAUGCCCCCUACUCCUGAAUUGACUUAUGCAACCCAAAAUCAGCUGUUUGAAGCUGCUCAGUCCUGGGCCAGGGAGCAUGGGUAUGCUAUAAUCAUAACCCACUCCACCAAAAAUGGUCCAGAGCUGAGAUAUGCAUACCAAUGUGACAGAUCUGGAACUUGUCAUUCAGCUGAAAAACCAGAAGGUCAAUUAACAAAGACCAAAAAGACCAACUGUCUUUUUAAGUUUACUGGGAAUUACUACAAAAGGGAAAAACAGUGGAGACUAGUCAUCAAAAAUGCCCACCACAACCACCCACCUUCUGAAAACUCUGCCACUCAUGCUGUCCACCGUAGAAUGAAUUGCCACAAACACUUCAAAUCUGAAGAAGCUUGGGAAUUAUUUCUUAGCGCCUGGAAUAAUUUGGUCGCAUCUGUAACGGAAACCGAUUAUCAAGACAAAUUUACUGCACUCUCCAAGACGUGGAAUCCUCCAACUUCUGACUACCUUAUCAUGAACUGGUUUCCAAUCAAACACAAAUUUGUUGCCUACAUCAUCCACCAAAGUCCACAUUUUGGAAACGCUGUCACUUCUCGCGUCAAAGGUCUCCAUGCUUAUAUCAAACAAUUCAUUGCCUCAUCGACCGGUUCAUUUUCCGCAGUAGUCAAACAAAUUCAUCAAGCUGUUUCAAUUCAACUCCACGAACGAUUUAUUGAAGCAUCACAACAGUCUUACAAACAGCUCAUUGGCUUGCCUCCUUCAAUUGAAAAUCUCAACGGAAAGAUCACUCACUACACUUUGAAAAUAUGUCACUCAUUCCACAAGGCCAAAAAAGUGACUACAAUCUGUUCAGGAACCUAUUCUUCACACAUGGGGAUUCCAUGUAUCCAUCACAUCCAAUCUGCCGCACGUGAGGGUACCAAGUUUGAUGUCAAUGACUUCCAUGUCAAAUGGCAUGUGAAUCAGGACCUGGUACCCAAGAAGCGUGGGAGGCCAUGCAAGAAACCUGCUGAAGAAGACACAACAUCCGAGGAAUCUGAGAUAAGAUUAGAAAUCAUUGUCUUGUACCUGAGACAGCAGGCGUGGAAGGAUCCUUUCCUCAUCCUUCCACGUACCACGGCCACUCACCUCACCUCGUGCCCGCUGAUCUCAGUCGUUAGUGCUAGGAUGGCAGACAAUUCUCCCAACACCUCUGCGUCAGUUCCGGCCAACCCUAAAGGCAAAAUCACCGUCAACGUUGGUGUGGAUCCGACCACAAACCCCUCCCAAAAAAUCUCUUUGGCCAGGCUUCCGGUCCUCUCCGCUUCCGGCCCGUACUCCAACUAUGAUCUAGACUGGAAGUUUGUUGUUACUUCCUAUUUUGAAGCGGCCAGAGUGGAUUACAUUCUCCAAGAUACAAAGCCCGAGCUUCGGCCGGCUAGUUGA